UUUCAAACAUACCAAACUCUCUCUCUCUCUCUGUUCUCUCAUUUUCUCUCACUCUCUAUCAAAGUUAGGUUUCAAUAAGCUCAACUCAUGGCGAUAAAGAAGUCGAACAAAGUGGCAGCGUCUCAAGCAGCAACUAUAAAGAAACUCUUGAAGAGAUGCUCAAGUCUUGGAAAGAAGAAUCAAGGUAAUUGCUACUUCAGCGACGUACCGAAAGGUCACUUCCCGGUCUACGUCGGUCAACAAAGAAGUCGUUACGUGGUCCCAAUCGCAUGGCUAGCUCAUCCAGAGUUUCAGACACUCCUCCAACUAGCUGAGGAAGAGUUUGGGUUUGAGCACGAGAUGGGUCUCACUAUCCCUUGUGAUGAAGCCGUCUUUCAAUCACUCAUCUCCAUGUUCAGAUAGAACUCAAUCUCGAGAGAGACUGAUUUAACUCUCAAUUGGUAAACUCUCGAGAUUAUGAUCCCCUUAAUGGGUUUGAUCACAUUAUCACACUUUAGACUGGGAAGACAGAAACGUCAAACUCUAUUAUCAAGAAAAUCAAGAAACAAGGAAUAAUAAAUAUAUAAUAUAUAUUAUGGGAUUUAGGUUUUUUCUAUUCUCUUAAGAAGACGGAAGCAAAUGGUGGGCAUGGCGUCAAGCAUCGACUCAAGAUUUGUGACUAUGCCAAUGUAUCUAACAGUAGUUUAAUUAACCACUCUCUUCGAAUUUUUAUCUUUCCUAUGUAUUAUUUUCGGUGUCUUGUCUAUUUCGAAUAUUUUGUAUAUUGGGUGGGCGACUUUUCCCUCAAGUCAACGUGUAUUGUUGACCGUUGGUUCUUGAGAGGAAUAGCUAGUUUACUUGUAUUGUUUUGAAUCAAUAAAUUUUAUUUUCUUGUUUA